GAUACCAACAUUGCGACUCCAUGAGACGACACUCUUUAACUAAUUGGAUAUACUGUAUAACUUCAAAUCUAACGAUCAAACUCUUCUCGGGAGAAUCUUGCACUGGAUUAAUCAUAUUAUGCUUAUUUUCACCUAACUUAUACUUAAUCAUAGGCGAAACAACAUGGCUAUUAUGGAUAAAUGUUUUUGUUGUGGAUUGAGGAGUGGAUCCAUUUUGAGUGCAAUUUAUUGCAUGAUUUUCUCUGCAAUUUCAGUUGCGCUUUCUGCAUACUACGUCUACAGGCAUGGAACACUGGAUGCUGGUGAGACGAGUGUCUUUGUCAUCAACGCACUUGAACUCAUUUUCUACAUCACUAUUCUCAUGGUCUCAAUUCUCCUUCUCUUUGCUAUAUUUCGGGACGGAUUCAAAUUCUUCAUCCCAUUCAUCAUAGUGUUGGCCAUCUUUGUUAUCAUACAAAUCAUCAGUCUUAUCAUCAUUCUUUAUAACAUGAUAGUGAAUGGUUUCGACGGCAUGGACUUCUUUUCCAUCUUGUUCAACAUCUUGUGUUUGAUCAUCAAUAUCUUUUGCGUUGUUUGUGUGACGUCAUACUAUCAGGUGACACGUGAUAGCUACGAUACAGGAACUCCCGCAGCCAAUUAUGCAUAAGUCAAACUGCAGGGGCCCGUUUAAUAAAACUUGUGAUAGUAACAAAUUUGCGAUGACAGUUAAAAGCUACUGAAAUCCUUCAAUCUGGUUGGCUUAUAGUAAAUCUGUUUUAUAUAUUUUGCAUUUGUUUAUGAAACGGGACCCUGAUUAUAGAUAUAUUUAGUCCUCGUUCGGGAAUGUUUAUUCUUAAUUUUCAAACAUUUAUCAUUUUUAGCUCCGAGAAGUAUCAAUUUGACAUUUUGGAGGGACUCCACUGAUUAUACACUUCAAAGCUUCAAAUUGAUACUAUCAAAUAUGAAAAUUAUAUAACAUUAUCUUAUUAUAGAAAAAUUGGUCUCUACUAUAUACGGGGUUAAUAGUUCAGCUUUAUUGGCUAAACUAUGGUUUAGCUCGAAGAUUUAAAAUGACCAAUUAUAGAAAAAUAUCAUGUAACAGCAUUCAUUUGCAUAAUAAAAUGACAAGUACAGGAAUUUUUCUUUGUACAAAACAUGACACUGUCAGG